CCCUAACCUAAACAAGAGACCACGCCUUUGACGUUAAAGUUCGUGCUAUUCCCUUAUAAAGCAUAGUCGUUCGUUCUAUAACUGAGCAUCUUUGGACCUGGUCUGUUCGCUUCAGCUUGUAAGGACUUCACGCAGCUUGAACAAUUAUGUCCCUAAAACGCCUCCUCCUGUCGCUAGUGGCGGUCAUUAUUAUUUCGGUGUCAGAAGUGUCCGCAAAUUGUCCAAACGGACGAUGUGGAAGUCAAGGCACAAUCUGCCCCACUGACAACUCACUGUUUUGCUCACUCUGUAGCGACCCACGUCUGUGCACCUUCAGUGAAGAGCGUGCCCGCAUUGAUCUGUUAGGGAACUUCCUGUUCAGUCAGUUCUUUUACCAGGUUCAAAACUCACCCCUGAAGGGAGCCAACGUCACUGUAGUUGCUGAGACUUCUAGGAGAAAUGGGCGAAUAUUUGUCUCCGGUCUUCAGCUUCGUAUCAUCCUCUACUGUGAGAAUGAAUUUUCCUACGUUUUCCUGAAUCUGGCAACACAAGUCAUUGAUGGUCAAGUUGUGCUAUCUGUCAGUGACCUGCUCGGACAGACGUCUGACUUCAUCUAUAACAACACUCCCAUAGUUCUUAAGAAGCUGGCCAGCUGUUGUAUCCUGAGCCUGGUCACCACCCCUGACUAUUUCUACGUUAUUAACAUUGAGUGUUUUGACAUAAAGAUAGGCAUCAGGCCUGUUGAGUCUGGCUUGGCUCCAUGUAUUUUUGUUGAAGUUGGUAAUCCCUCAUUAGUUCAGUUUCCUCCUUUCAAUGACUGGCCCUCGCAGCUCUGCCUGACCAACGAGUUCGGCAUCGCCGACUUGACACAGUCCUGCAAACUGGAAUCCCACACAGAUGCUCUAAACUUCCUGGCCUUGACCGGGGUGACCGAUCUCAACGCCAACAUCACGCACCAGCCACAAAACGUGGUACAGCUUGGAGAGCUGGUGAACGAAUGUCCCAUAGAGUCGCUGGAAACGUUCCUGGGUUACCUCGCUUUCGUCCAGGACCACAACCUGGUCAACUGCAUCUCUGGGGAGGGCAACGAAGAGGCACUGAUAAACCUGGCUAUCGCUAUCGCCGAGAUCUUCUGCAACGGAGACCAGGACAAGUGCUCCGUCGUUAACGGCAUCCUGGAAAAUGAUUGCAGCUCCGUUAGUGACACCAUUUUGCACACCUUCUAUAGUGAGCAGUGUAGCUUUUAAUUGAAAGAUCAUAGGCCUGCGACCUGUAUUAGAAUAAAGCAAAUCUUUAAAUUCAAA